UAGGAUGAGUUCAGUUUGUGUGAUGUUUUAUAUUUCUUUAGGCAUUAUAGCCGGGAGUCCUGCAGCUGAGCUGAAACACAGCGGCUGUAUCAAAGUGAAUCAGUGUAAGUGUCUGAUGCGGGACGGGUCAGGGGUCAUUGACCUGGGCUCACUGGCGGAUGAGGACGGGUUCAUCCAGCGGCUAGAGCUCAUGCCAUCAGCACCGGUGAACACGGAGGUGCUGCUGUCAUUCAGCCCGUGUCUGCCGUUCUCAGAGCCGGAUGAGUUCACUGUCACUGACUGCAGUGAUGUGGCAGCGUGUGUCAUUUUCAGGUUUCAUCAGGACAGCAGGUACAUCAGUCGUUAUUUGAACUAUGGCCGACACGAGGGCAACGCAUUCACCUAUAACGACUCAAAGAAAACCCUCUCCGUGUCUUAUUUCAUUUACUCAGGCAGUGAGGCUCAUACUGUCGUUCAUUACCAGUGCAGCCCAAAUCACUCCAUCACAUCCAGGCAGAGCUUCAGUGUGGACGAGCCCCUGCAGAUUUGGGUGGAGAGCCCCUGUGCAUGUCCUAACGCCUGUACGCUGGAGGAUGUGGGACCCGGGACCAUCUUUCUCAUCCUCCUCUGCAUCUGUGUGACGGCGUACUUCGUUAUGGGUUCCUGUGCACUCCGGCCGUUCCGCACUAGUAACGGUGUUCAGAUCGCCCCAGAGGACAGUGUGUGGUGUAUGCUCUGUUAUAAGCUCACCGACCGGCGCGAUGUCCGGCGUAAGAGGCAUCACUCACUGAAAGAGGACACCCUAUGAUCUAAGACGAGUGUUUAUGGGUUAACAAACUGGAAACAGAUCUUCACUUGUGAACUGUGUAAUGUUUACGAUUUAUAAUAUGUGACAUUAUGCUCUAUUAUUUCCACAUGUGAUGUGUUUUAGUUUGAAAGCGGACAUUGUUUAUCCAGUCCACAAGAGUGAGUUUGAAAGUUAAGUAAGACUGCGUAAAGAGGGGGAUUUUAGUUAACGAGGAAGUUAGCGGGAGAAACGAGAAAUGGUUUGUUAAUGAGAUUAAUAAGUUCAUUAAAAAGUCUGAAAGCUACUUUAUUGUGUCAGAGUGAUAUUUAGAAACAUUACAAACUGCUUCUGCAAUGGGAAUAAAACACUGUGUAAAAUGUGC